AUGCUCACCACGGGAGCUGGCACCGACUCGUGGCCACUCCGGCGCCUUGAGGACCCACGGCAGCUGGACCUCCCCCAGACAAGCUGGGCCACCUACACAGUCCAACUUCCCCCAGCUAAGACCGGCCAACAAGUACCCGGAUUUGGUAACACCACGCAAAACUUGGAUUUACUCCGCCCUCCCUAUGCCCCGCGAAGCCCGCUCCGCAUGCCGGAGCUCUGUCCGGAGCUGUCCUUUUCCUUCCCAACGUAUCGGCCCAACAACAUUCGCACCCUUUUGCCAGACCACCACACCCCGCGCUCCUCCUACUCUUACUCCACUUCCAUCGCCACCUCCAAGGAGUCCUCCUCCGCCUUUGAAAGCGCUGCCUUUACCGGCAGCAAGACGCAUGUCAGCAAUGCCGUCGACCGCAUCGGGUUACCCCUCGGCGGGCGGGCCCCACAAAGGCAAACAUCGACUGCUGUCCUUGCUAGCUCCCGCACCGACCUUAAGGCCGCAACUUCUCCCAGUUCCAUUGCUGACGCCACCGCCGCCGCCAGCGCACCUGCCGCUGCCACUAGCACCACCUCAAGGCAACGGCAUUUCCAACAGCAGCAACAGCACUCCACCGAGGCGCGUGAUGAGACGGCGCCGUUGCUUCGGGCUGCCGCUGAGCGCAUCGCGGCGGCUCGCGCGCGGCUCGACGUCGAAGCCAUGGCCCUCGAGGCGGCGCGGUCCGCGGCUGCGGAUGUUGAAUUGGCGUGUGCACAGACGGAGGCAUUGGCGGCCAGGGGGUCGUUGGCGGCAGCGCUAGCGGUGGCACGGAUGCGUGCUGAUAACUUGGUGGCAGAAGCAGCGGCGGCACGGGAGCGGGUACGGCAGACGGUCAGCGCAGCGGUUGCAGCGCGUGCAGCGGCGGCGGAGGUGGCCCUAGCGCGGGCGCGCGCAGCGGCGGAAGGACUCCCCAGGCCCCAGUUGGGGGAGCUGGCGGAGGCUUCAGCGGAGGCAGAGCGGCCGGAACAGGUAGCUGUAGCUGCAGGGGAAGGUUUGGCGGCCGAAGCGCAGGCGGCGUUAGCGGCACGGAGGAGGGACACGGAGGGGCUUCACAUAAAGGCGCUAGCGGAGGCCAAUGCCUCUGCAACGGCGCGAGCUCAUGGGAUGGUUAUGUUACGGCAGGCGGUGGAGGCCGGGCUUCAGGAGGCCCUGGCGGCCCAACGGGAUGCGGGCGCCAGGAGACGGGCGGCGGCGGCGGUGCGAGUGGAAGCUGCCGAGAAGGCAUUCCGUGACGCGGCGGAAGUAGCUCGCUUGGCGGAGCAGGCGCGGGGAGUGGCUGCGGAAGCAGCGCGGCACGCCGCAGCAGCUCAAGGAAGGGAUGCUGACCGUGUAUGUGCGGACGCGCACGUCGCGGAGCAUGCGCUAGCUGCGGCGGCCUGUACGGCGGCGUCGGUGGAUCUCGACCACGCGGUGAGAGCGGCUCGUGAGAUUCACGUCUCUAAUGUGUGUGCCAAAGAGCAGGUGAGGGACGUGGCUGAGAGAAACCUCAUAGAAGCGGAACGAACGAGAGAUGCUGGUCAAGCUAGGAUGUUGGCGGAGGCGGAGGAGCGCUCCAAAGAGGCGGAGAGGGUAUGGAUGGAGGCAGGCAUGGCAGCCCGUGACGGGGCGGCUGCACACGCCAAGGCCCUGUUGGAGCUUCGUCAAGCUGCGGAGGCGCAGCUGGAAGCGGAGCAGGCGGCACGCGGCGCAGUGGCUGAGAGCCGCGCGGCAGCGGCGGUGCACGCACACACCGCCGCCGAUGCAGUUUACGAUGACGCGGCGGCUGCAGCGCAGCACGCCGCGGAGGCAUGUGCAAAGGCGUCCGUGCAGCGGCAUGAAAGCGCUGAGACACGAAUGCACGCGGCGGAAGUCAUGCGCACGCAUGCGCUUGAGCACAAAAUACAGCAGCAGUCUCGUGCAGCGAAUGGGGAUGGUAUACGUGCGGCUGCGGAGAAGGCCUAUCAGGCGCUCCUCACGCGACACCUAGCGGCAGCGGAGGCGGCGAUGCAGGCGGCGGAACGCCUGUCGGAGGCGAGGAAGGCGAGCGAGAGGGCGUGGUCGAACUUAAGGCAGGCGGAGGCGCAGCGGCGGCGGGCGCUGGAGCAGGAAUACCUGACGGCGCUGGCGGAGGCGUGCAAGGCAUCAGCGGUACGGCAGGCGGCGGUGGCAAAUGCGCGGAACGCCGCAGCGGCGCGGUCGCGGUCUGCUGAAGCGACACGCGAGAGGGCGUUACAGGAGGCGGAGGCGGCGGUGGCGGCAUUGACGCAAGCUGUAGCAGAUGCUGAAGCAGCAGCAGCAGCAGCAGGAGGAAAAGAAUUGACCGUUACGAAGGUGUCGGAGAGUGGCGAGCCGGUUUCGGGGCCCCAAGGUGACGGGUGCUUGAUGUGA